UGGCUGCCCUCUUUAAAUGAAGUGGCUAACCCUAGCCUGCUAAAGUCACACUCUUGCAGGAUUAGGAUGAUAACACUGGCAUGGCGUCGCUCGGCCUGCAGGAAUAACCGUGUGGAUUCUGCUGCUGCUCAGCUUUUAGCUGCAGCUUUUCUGGCAUCGGAGAGUCCUCUGCGGAACUCAGGAGGAAACUUAAGGUGUUUCGGACUAAUCCACCCCCGCCCACCAAGCAUCAGAUCCCCGCUGCACCACCACCAGCAGCCGGCCUACCACCGCAGAUCAUCAGUGUUUAUGAGCAUGGCGUCUCCUCACAAACACACCAACAGGCUGAGUUUGGAGAGGUCUCCCUACCUGCUGCAGCACGCUCACAACCCCGUGGACUGGUAUCCGUGGGGCAAAGAGGCUUUCGACAAGGCAAAGAGCGAAGACAAACCCAUCUUUCUAUCAGUGGGAUACUCAACAUGUCACUGGUGCCACGUCAUGGAGAGAGAGUCUUUCGAAGAUGAGGAAAUCGGAAAAUUCCUGAGCGAUAACUUCGUCUGCAUCAAAGUGGACCGAGAGGAGCGGCCAGACGUGGACAAAGUCUACAUGACCUUCAUUCAGGCUACUUCUGGAGGUGGAGGUUGGCCCAUGAGUGUGUGGUUGACCCCCGACCUUCGACCUUUCAUUGGAGGAACGUACUUCCCUCCUACAGACCAUGCACGAAGACCCGGGUUAAAAACGGUUCUCACAAGAAUCCUGGAACAGUGGCAGAAUAACCGCCCCGCUCUGGAGUCUAACGGAGAGAGGAUCCUUGAAGCUCUGAAGAAAGGCACGGCGGUCUCUGCUAACCCCGGAGAGACUCCUCCUUCAGCUCCAGAUGUGGCUCAGAGGUGUUUCCAGCAGCUGGCUCACUCCUACGAGGAAGAGUACGGAGGAUUCAGAGACGCUCCAAAGUUCCCCACACCAGUGAACCUGAUGUUCCUCAUGUCCUUCUGGUCGGUGAACCGCUGCUCCUCUGAGGGGGGGGAGGCUCUGCAGAUGGCCCUGCACACUCUGAGGAUGAUGGCGCGGGGGGGCAUCCACGACCACGUGGCUCAGGGUUUCCAUCGUUACUCCACUGAUAUCUCCUGGCAUGUUCCUCACUUUGAGAAGAUGCUGUACGACCAGGCUCAGCUGGCUGUAGCCUACAUCACUGCCUCCCAGGUCUCAGGUGAGCAGCUGUUUGCAGACGUGGCUAAAGACAUUCUGCUGUACGUCUCCAGAGACCUGAGUGACAAGUCCGGAGGUUUCUACAGUGCGGAGGAUGCCGACUCUGUCCCGGCGUCGGGGGGGCCGGAGAAGAAGGAGGGGGGGGCAGAUAAGAUUGAGAAGAGGGAGGGAGCUUUCUGCGUCUGGACGGCGGCGGAGGUCCGGGAUCUGUUCCCAGAAGUUGUGGAGGGAAGCUCUGGAGCGACUCAGGCGGACGUCUUCAUGCAUCACUACGGGGUCAAAGAGCUGGGGAACGUGGAUCCAGAACAGGACCCCCACGGGGAGCUGGGGGGUCAGAACGUUCUGAUCGUGCGUUACUCCGUGGAGCUGACAGCUGCUCGCUUCGGCCUCAGCGUGGACAGAGUCUCCGAGCUACUGAGCGCCGCCAGAGCCAAGAUGGCCGACGUGAGGAAGACCCGGCCCCGCCCACAUCUGGACACCAAGAUGCUGGCCUCCUGGAACGGUCUGAUGCUGUCGGCCUACUCCUGUGUUGGAGCUGUCCUGGAGGACAAGGCUCUGCUGGAGAGAGCGGUUCAGGCUGCUAACUUCCUGAAGGAGAACCUGUGGGACGCCGAGCGACAGACCGUCCUCCGGUCCUGCUACAGAGGAGAAGACAUGGAGCUGCAGCAGAUAUCUCCUCCUAUCUCCGGCUUCCUGGACGACUACGCCUUCCUGGUCUCAGGUCUGCUGGACCUGUACGAGGCGUCGCUGCAGACGCAGUGGCUUCAGUGGGCCGAGCAGCUGCAGCUCAGACAGGACGUGCUGUUCUGGGAUCAGCAGGACGGAGGGUACUUCUGCAGCGACCCCAACGACACCUCCAUCCUGCUGCAGCUCAAGAAAGAUCAGGAUGGAGCAGAGCCCAGCGCUAACUCGGUGUCGGCGUCCAAUCUGCUGCGUCUGUCUCACUACACGGGACGACACGAUUGGCUGCUGAGGUCUGAGCAGCUAUUGGCUGCGUUCUCCGACCGGCUCCAAAGAGUUCCUGUCGCUCUGCCUGAGAUGGUGCAGGCUCUGAUGGCCCAUCACUACACACUGAGAGAGAUAGUGAUCUGUGGACAGAGGGAAGCUCCGGACACCCUCAGCCUCCUCUCAGCUGUUCACUCCCUCUUCCUCCCCCACAAGGUGUUGAUGCUAAUCGAUGGUGAUGCAGACAGUUACCUGUGCCAGCGUCUUCCUCACCUCUCCUCCAUGUCACAGCAGGGGGGCGUCGCCACGGCUUACGUCUGCCAAAACUUCACCUGCUCCCCCCCCGUCACAGACCCACAGGAGCUGCGCCGGCUGCUGCUGGACGGCAACACGGAGAUACUGGCAGAAUAAAGACUGAGGGAGAUUUAAAAGAGGAAUACUGUCUUCAUAGCCCUGGCUUAGCGUAGAUCAGAUGUUUUUGGCCAGAUGAAAACCCUCCCCCUACUCACUUUACUCGCACAUGGAUUAGGACUACUGUUUCUGUUUCUGAUUUGAUGUAAAGCUUCUUUGAGCACUAGGAAAAGCGCUAUAAAAAUCCAAUGUUUUCAUUUGAAGGUAUUGCGUGGUGCAGGGAUGACAUAUUGUUUAAUGCUAAAUUGUAAAUUGGAUUUUGGAUUAUUGCAGAAAAUAACCUUAAACGUUUAUUAUACUUAUUAAAUUCAAUUACUGGUGUUUUUAAAAUCUCUUCAGCUUGUGUUAACCACAGACCUUCUUUCAGCAACCAAAAACACAUUCAGAACACCAUUGACCAUAAGGACCCACCGUGACACAGGUGUCACAUGACCUUUAAAUGUUCUGGAAAGUUCCUUAUACAGCUUUAGCCUUGUUUUUAUCUCAUGAAGUCCCUGAGUGACACACACUGAACAGCCUGGUGGCUCAUGGGCCAGGUCAUGUGACUUUGUGUUCCCAUGACAACAUGUCCAAGAUGUCCAUGUGCCAGACUAACACAUGUGACAUAACGAGCUAAGCUUUUCUUUUUGUUGCUAAAGGUAAAAUUCAAGCCAUUUAAGAAUGAAAAUGCUUACAUAACAUAUCCUUUAUGACAUUCAACCUG